AUGCACCGGAUUCAAUCGUGGGCGAAAGCUCACGCGACCCACCGCAGCUCAGCUCCCCAAGAUCCUUCCAAACAGCCGACCAACGAGACCCAGGCCUCGGAGACCGCAGAACCUCGACAUAAUGGGCGAUUGAAGGAACAGUCUGGGGACCUGGAGGGUCCAGAAUUCAACCCCCAAGAUGAACAGACCACAACCAAACCAAGACUCGUUGUCCGCAUGAAACAUGGCAUCAUCCGUUUUGGAAGACAUACCAAGGAAGUUCUAUUCCAUAGCUGGGUCAAUGUCCUGCUGGUCUUCGUGCCCGUCGGUAUCGUCGUCGAAGCGAUAGGGUUAAAUCCGGCGGUGAUUUUUGCGAUGAACGCGGUUGCCAUCAUCCCUUUGGCCGGUAUACUGAGCCACGCUACUGAGUGUGUUGCCAGCCGUCUGGGAGACACGGUCGGGGCACUCAUUAACGUUACAUUUGGAAAUGCCGUGGAGUUGAUUAUCUUCAUUGCACUCGUCAAGAACGAGAUAAGGAUCGUCCAGGCCUCCCUGCUAGGCUCCAUCCUAGCUAAUCUACUCUUGAUCCUGGGAAUGUCUUUCCUCCUGGGAGGUCUUCGCUACCAGGAACAGAUUUAUAACAGCACAGUCACUCAGAUGAGCGCAUGCCUUUUGAGUUUGAGUGUCACCAGUCUUCUCCUACCUACUGCAUUCCAUGCAUCUUGGUCGAACAGUGCAUCGGCCGACAGAAACACUCUGAAAGUUAGCCGUGGAACCAGUGUGGUGCUGCUUCUCGUCUAUAUUCUCUACAUCAUUUUUCAACUCAAAUCCCACUCCUAUCUUUACGCGAGCAUCCCACAGCAGAUCAUUGACGAAGAGUCUCACCCUGGUGUCUUGGCGGAGUUUAUGAACAGCUCUUCCGAUUCAUCAAGUAGCUCGUCUGAUGAUUCCGAUGACACCACAACAUCAUGGACAACCGCAAAGCGUAUCAAACGAGCGAUGAGACAUCGCCGACGUCGAAAGUCCAGCACGAGCUCCAAUCAUACUGCCUCUGGCACCCUUAGCAAGAAGCAUUCUGGCGAUACAGCCCGUCCAGUGCUGAAUGAGAAGAGCAGCUCUACCGAGGGACCUACUUCCAACCAUUCAAUCGCCAUUGAUUUUGCGGAUGAUGGUCACUACGAAGCAGAUGAUGAUAAGCGAAUCAAUGAGCCUCGCUCGAUAGAUUUUGGCCCGCGGUCAAUUGGCGAGCAAGGUACAUCUACGAAGGAUCGCAAAGCGAAGAAGCGAAGAGGCAAAAAGCACAAAGCCCACAAGGAAGACAAUGUCAACGCCUUGGACACUCCAUCGAUUCAUCCGUCCCUGCCAUCUCACCUGUCUGCACCUGGUACCGAUGGCAACAACUCUCCUCAGCCGGCCGAUGUUGCUGCCGCGCUCCCGAAGAGAAAAUCUCCAUUUCUUCCCACGAUACCAUCUUUACUAUCCAAUACAGUCUUUUCAAACACUGCUGCUUCAAACAAUCUCGUUCAGUCGGCUCCUGGAAAUCCUGGUCUUCGACGCACGCGGUCUCUUCCUUCUCACAUGAAUCGUCCUCCCCCAGUUGGGAACGCGGUCCAGUUUGCUAGAGGCGCUGCUCGUAUACCAACUACGGUUGAUGUCACGGCUAACAAUGCUCCUCCUGAGCACAAAGAAUCUGAGAUAUCACGCACGGCUGCCGUGGUUAUGUUACUGGUGUCAACUGCGCUUGUCGCAGUAUGUGCCGAGUUCCUAGUGGACGCCAUCCCAGACAUGAUCGAAAGCUCAUCUGUCAGCGAGGCGUUUAUUGGUCUGAUCAUUCUGCCCAUUGUCGGUAAUGCUGCAGAACACGUUACUGCCGUCAGUGUGGCCACCAAGAACAAAAUGGAUUUGUCCAUUGGCGUGUCAGUGGGAAGCAGUAUUCAAAUCGCGAUUUUCGUCACACCCCUGGUGGUCAUUCUAGGCUGGUGCAUGGACAAGGACAUGUCUCUGUACUUUACCCUGUUCGAAACCAUCUGUUUGUUUGUGACUGCUUUUGUGGUCAACUUUCUGGUUCUGGAUGGUCGAAGCAAUUACCUUGAGGGCGCGCUGCUUAUUGCCGCCUAUGUUAUCAUCGGUGUUGCGGCGUUUUUCUAUCCUGGAAGUGACCAGUCUGCCGAUAUUGCAAGCCAUGGUUCGAGUUAA